GAUGUUCAAAACAGAACAAGGUUCAGAACUGGGAGACGUUCAAAACAGGACAAGGUUCAGAACAGGAAGAUGUUCAAAACAGGACAGCAUUCAGAACUGGGAGAUGUUCGAAACGGAACGAGGUUCAGAACUGGGAGAAGUUCAAAACAGGACGAAGUUCAGAACUGGGAGAAGUUAAAAAUAGGACAAUUCCAGAUUUAAGAUAUGUUAGACAGGGCAACAUGGGAAUUGCUAAACAUUCUCAAGUUCAGAAAUGGGAGAUGUUAAAAACCGGACAGGGUUCACAACCUGGAGACGUUCAAAACAGGACAGGGUUCAGAACCUGGAGAUGUUCAAAAUGGAACAAAGGUUCAGAACUGGGAGACGUUCAAAACAGAACAAGGAUCAGUACUGGGAGACGUUCAAAACAGGUCAGGGUUCAGAACUGGGAGACGUUCAAAACAGAACAAGGUUCAGUACUGGGAGACGUUCAAAACAGGUCAGGGUUCAGAACUGGGAGACGUUAAAAACCGGACAAGGUUCAGUCCUGGGAGACAUUCAAAACAUGACAGGGUUCAGAACGGGGAGAUGUUCAAAUCAGGACAACGUUCAGAACUGGGAAAGGUUCAUAACAGGACAUGGUUCGGAACUGGGAGAUGUUCAAAACAGGACAAGGUUCGGAACUGGGAGACGUUCAAAACAGUUUAUGGUUCAGAACCUGUUCCAUGCAAGACAGGGUUUGGAACUCGGAGAUGUUCGAAACAGGACAAGAUUCAGUCCUGGGAGACGUUCAAAACAUGACAGGGUUCAGAACGGGGAGAUGUUCAAAUCAGGACAACGUUCAGAACUGGGAAAGGUUCAAAACAGGACAAGGUUCAGAACUGGGAGAUGUUCGAAACGGAACGAGGUUCAGAACUGGGAGAUGUUCGAAACAGGGCAGGGUUCAGAAUUGGGAGAUGUUCAAAACAGGACAGGGUUCAGAAUUGGGAGAUGUUCAAAACAGGACAUGGUUCAGAAUUGGGAGAUGUUCAAAACAGAACGAGGUUCAGAACUGGGAGAUGUUCAAAACAGGACAGGGUUCAGAACUGGGAGACGUUAAAAACCGGACAAGGUUCAGUCCUGGGAGACGUUCAAAACAUGACAGGGUUCAGAACGGGGAGAUGUUCAAAUCAGGACAACGUUCAGAACUGGGAAAGGUUCAAAACAGGACUAGGUUCAGAACUGGGAGAUGUUCGAAACGGAACGAGGUUCAUAACUGGGAGAUGUUCAAAACAGGACAGGGUUCAGAAUUGGGAGAUGUUCAAAACAGGACAGGGUUCAGAAUUGGGAGAUGUUAAAAAUGGAACGAGGUUCAGAACUGGGAGACGUUCAAAACAGGGCAGGGUUCGGAACUGGGAGACGUUCAAAUCAGAACAAGGUUCAAUCCUGGUGUACGUUGAAAACAUGACAGGGUUCAGAACUGGGAGAUGUUCGAAACAGGAAACGGUUCGGAACUGGGAGAUGUUCGAAACAGGACAGGGUUCAGAAUCUGGAGAUGUUCAAAACGGAACAAAUGUUCAGAACUGGGAGAUGUUCAAAACAGGACAGUGUUCGGAACUGGGAGAUGUUCUAAACAGGACAGGGUUCAGAAUUGGGAGAUGUUCAUAACAGGACAAGGUUCAGAACUGGGAGACGUUCAAAACAGGACAAGCUUCAGAACUGGGAGUCGUUCAAAACAGUACAGCGUUCAGAACUGGGAAAGGUUCAUAACAGGACAAGGUUUAGAACUGGGAGACGUUCAAAACAGAACAAAGUUCAGAAAUGUGAGACGUUAAAAACCGGACAGGGUUCACAACCUGGAGACGUUCAAAACAGGACAGGGUUCAGAACUGGGAGAUGUUCAAAAUAGGACAUGGUUGCGAACUGGGAGACUUUCAAAACCGGACAGGGCUCAGAACCUGGAAACGUUCAAAACAGGACAGGGUUCAGAACCUGGAGAUGUUCAAAACGGAACAAAGGUUCAGAACUGGGAGAUGUUCAAAACAGGACAGUGUUCGGAACUGGGAGACUUUCAAAUCAGAACAAGGUUCAGUACUGGGAGAUGUUCAAAACAGGUCAGGGUUCAGAACUGGGAGACGUUAAAAACCGGACAAGGUUCAGUUCUGGGAGACGUUCAAAACAUGACAGGGUUCAGAACGGGGAGAUGUUCAAAUCAGGACAACGUUCAGAACUGGGAAAGGUUCAAAACAGGACAAGGUUCAGAACUGGCAGAUGUUCGAAACGGAACGAGGUUCAUAACUGGGAGAUGUUCAUAACAGGACAGGGUUCAGAAUUGGGAGACGUUCAAAACAUGACAGGGUUCAGAACGGGGAGAUGUUCAAAUCAGGACAACGUUCAGAACUGGGAAAGGUUCAUAACAGGACAAGGUUCGGAACUGGGAGACGUUCAAAACAGGACAAGGUUCAGUCCUGGGAGACGUUCAAAACAUGACAGGGUUCAGAACGGGGAGAUGUUCAAAUCAGGACAACGUUCAGAACUGGGAAAGGUUCAAAACAGGACAAGGUUCAGAACUGGGAGAUGUUCGAAACGGAAUGAGGUUCAGAACUGGGAAAGGUUCAAAACAGGACUAGGUUCAGAACUGGGAGAUGUUCGAAACGGAACGAGGUUCAUAACUGGGAGAUGUUCAAAACAGGACAGGGUUCUGAAUUGGGAGAUGUUCAAAACGGAACGAGGUUCAGAACUGGGAGAUGUUCACAACAGGACAGGGUUCAGAAUUGGGAGAUGUUCAAAACAGGACAGGGUUCAGAACUGGGAGACGUUCAAAUCAGAACAAGGUUCAGUCCUGGAAUACGUUGAAAACAUGACAGGGUUCAGAACUGGGAGAUGUUCGAAACAGGGCAAGGUUUAGAACUGGGAGACGUUCAAAACAGGACAAGGUUUAGAACUGGGAGACGUUCAAAACAGAACAAAGUUCAGAAAUGUGAGACGUUAAAAACCGGACAGGGUUCACAACUUGGAGACUAUCAAAUCCGGACAGGGUUCAGAACCUGGAGAUGUUCAAAACGGAACAAAGGUUCGGAACUGGGAGACGUUCAAAACAGUACAGGGUUCAGAACUGGGAGAUGUUCAAAAUAGGACAUGGUUGCGAACUGGGAGACUUUCAAAACCGGACAGGGCUCAGAACCUGGAAACGUUCAAAACAGGACAGGGUUCAGAACCUGGAAAUGUUCAAAACGGAACAAAGGUUCAGAACUGGGAGAUGUUCAAUACAGGACAGGGUGCAGAAUUGGGAGAUCUUCAAAACAGGACAAUGCCAGAUUUAAGAAAUGUUAGACAGGGCCACAUUGGGAAUUGAUAAAACAUUGUCAAGUUCAGAAAUGUGAGACGUUCAAAACUCCAAAAGGUUCCGAUCUGGGAGAUAUUCAAAACAGGACAAGGUUCAGAACUGGGAGACGUUCAAAACAGGACAUGGUUCAGAAGCAGAAAGCGUUACAGACAGGAUUAGAUCUGGAACUGGAAAAUAUUAGAGACAGGACGAGGUUUGGAACCGGAAAACAUUCGAGACAGGAUGAGCUUCAGAAACCAGGAAACACAAGAGACAGGAUGAUAUUCGUAAGUGAGAGAAACGUUACAGUUUCGGAAUUGGGAAGCGUUAGAGACAAUGUGUGAUUCAGAACCUAGAAAACUUAGAGACAGGACAAGAUUCAGAACUGGAAAAUGUUAGAGAUGGGUGAGACAGUUAGAGAUAGACAAGACAAAAGUUAGUUAGCGAUGGGCAACACAAAGUUUAGAGAUAGGCAAGGUUCAGGAAUGGGAAAUGUUAGAGACAGGACAAGGUUCAGAUUUGGAACAUGUUAGAUUGAAGAUGUGGUUCAGAAAUAGGAAAUGUUAGAGAUGGGCAAGGAAGACAUCAGAGAUGGGUGAGGUUCAGAACUGGAGAACAUUAGAGACCAUACAACGUUCAGAACCAGGAAACGUUAGAUAUAGGACAAGGUUCAGAACCAGGGAAAGCUAGACAUAGGAAUAGGUUCAGUCUUGGGAAGCGAAGUUGGGGUAAGGUUUAGAACUGGGAAAUGUUAGCCAUUGGACAAUGUUCAGAACAUAAAGGGAAAAGAAAAAGAAAGUGCAAGAGAAUGUCUGUGAUAGCAGAUAAAGACAUGUAGAAACCAACUGCCGGAAGUGAUGGUGCCUGAGGAGUGAACGUGGUGAAGUCUGGGGAAUAACUCAAAGUUGAUUUGCAGGAAGAGCAAAUGGGAGAAAUAAAAUUAAAUUUCACACGACCCCAUUCAUAUUGUGAAUGUUGGAAAUAUGGAAAACAAAUUGUGACACUUAGGAAAACAAAACAAGUUCAUCGUUCCACAAUAAAGAUAUUUAAAAAUGCUACAGAUACUGGAAAUUUGAUUUAAAAACAAACAAGAGACCCCAGACUACUUCUUUCUUAUUGCAUUGAAGUGUAAGACCCAAGAUAGAUGCUGACACCCAGGAACCUGAAGCUGCUCACCUUUUCCACUACUGACCCCUCAAUGAGGACUGGUUCUCCCAACUUCCCCUUCCUGGAGUCCACGGUCUGUUACCUGAACCUGAUUUUGAAUGCAAGGUUGUUGUUGUGACACCUCUCAAUCGGACCAAAUAGCUCACUCCUGUAAGCCUCCUCAUCGUAUUUCUUUUACUAUGUUUGUUAGUUUGGGGACAUAAGUAGAGAGAUGGUAAAUAUGGUAUACAGCAUGCUUACCUUCAACACUUAUGGUGGGUAUAUUAGAUGUCCAACAUCCACAGUUUUUUGGCUUUUCAAUUAGCCUAAGAGCAAUUGUGUUAUGUUGACCAGGGGGUUUCAUCUUUGAGCAUUUCACCAAGCUAACUGAUUAUAGAACAGUCUGGCACAAGAACAGGCCCUUCAGCUCAAGUCAGUGCUAGAGUGAUAGCAAUUUAACCUGACUACCUGCCAGCAUGUGGUCUGUUCACCUCCUUGUACGUCUGUCUAAAUGCCUCUUAAAUAUUACUAUGAAAGCUGCUUCUGCAGCUUCCCCUAUCAGUGUGUACCAGGCAGCUGUCACUCUGUGUGAAAAAAAUCGUAAAUAUCCUUUAAUCACCACCUCCCUUUGUCUAGGACCAGAGGACACAAUCUCAGAAUAGAUGAACUCCCCUUUAAAACAGAGAUGAGGAGGAAUUUCUUUAGCCAGCGGGUGGUGAAUCUGUGGAAUUCAUUGUCACAGAUGGCUGUGGAGGCCAAGUCGUUGGGCAAAUUUAAAGUGGAUGUUGAUAGCUUCUUAAGCUCUGGUGUGAUAGCACAUAAGAGGUUACGAAUAAAAGACUGGAGAAUGGGGUUGAGAAGAGGGAAAAUAAUGGAAUGGUGGAGCAAACACUAUGGGCGGAAUGGCCUAAUUUUGCUUCUAUGUCUUAUAUUCUUAAAUCCCUGCACUCUAGUA